CCUCCACCCCAACCGGAGCCUGCAAUCAGGACCAAUGAAAGCCCAGUACCUCAUCCACCCCGGUGCCUCAGAACUCAGAGUAUUUAAGAGGGUGCAGGAAUGGGCUGGGAACUCCUUUUGCUUUCUCCACAAACAGGCACGCUUUCAUCUGAUCUGGGCCAUUGCUGAGCCGCCGCACAGUGAAGGAGAAAGAAAUAAACUCCACCACCACCACCAUGUGCUACGGGAAGUGUGCUCGGUGCAUCGGACACUCUCUGGCCUGGCUCGCCGUCCUCUGUAUCGUAGCUAAUAUUUUGCUUUACUUUCCCAAUGGGGAGACAAAGUAUGCUUCUGAAAACCAUCUCAGCCGCUUUGUGUGGUUCUUCUCUGGCAUUGCAGGAGGGGGCUUGCUGAUAUUCCUGCCGGCAUUCGUCUUUAUCGGGCUGGAACAGGAAGACUGCUGUGGCUGCUGUGGCCAUGAAAACUGCGGCAAGAGAUGUGCGAUGCUUUCUUCCGUGCUGGCUGCUCUCAUCGGAAUUGCAGGAUCUGGGUACUGCGUCAUUGUGGCCGCACUGGGCUUAGCGGAAGGACCAAUAUGUGUUGAUGCCAGUGGCCAGUGGAACUACACCUUUGCCAGCACGGAGGGAAAAUACCUUGUGGAUAGGUCCACGUGGUCCCAGUGCAUUGAGCCCAAGCACAUUGUGGAAUGGAAUGUCUCUCUGUUUUCUAUCCUCCUGGCACUUGGUGGAAUUGAAUUCAUCUUGUGUCUCAUUCAAGUAAUAAAUGGAGUGCUUGGAGGCAUCUGUGGCUAUUGCUGCUCUCGCCAACAGCAAUAUGACUGCUAAAAGAACCACCCCAAGGCAGGUCCACAACUUUCCUCGAAGUUGCUGUAAUUUAUAUAUUUUACUUGUAUUAAUUUGUAAAACUUUGUACUAGUGUAUCAUAUGCCACAUGUUCUACUUUUAUAAGUGUGUAUAAAGACUGGCAUCUUGGAGUUCUCUUGUGGCACAGCCGGUUAAGGAUCCAGUGUUGUCACUGCAGCGACUUGAUCUCUGCUAUGACGAGGGUUCAAUCCCUGGCCCGGGAAUUUCCACAUGCCCCUGGUGCAGAAAAAAAAAAAAAAGAUUGGCAUCUUUAUGGGAUGCCAGUGUUUGAACUUAACAAACAAACUUUUUUUGCGGGGGGGGGGGGGGAGGGAUAAGAAAAUAAAGCACACUCAAGGUAAUUUACAGACCGAGUGACAGUUCUCAGUCUACCUGAGAUAAAUUCUGGCUGAAGUCAAGUUUUUGAGAAACAUUACAGGGACAAAUAUCACAUUCCAAUUACUAUUGUAUAUAUUUAUAUGUGCAUGUGUUUAUUAAAUGAAAGCGUUCUAGUUGCUUUUUUUAAUAUCAUGAAGGAAAAAAUUCAACAACCUGAAAAGAUGUAUUUUUUCACUGUUUAUAUGGUGUUUCCUAUUUGUAUGACUGCUAAUCUCUAGCAAGGGGCCUUUCGAACUGUUUCAUAUCAUGAAAGAGACAGAUCCUUCCCCAGAGUAGGAAGAUGGAUUGAAAAUGCUUGAAGCCAAAGGGACAAGUCAGAAAAUGCAAUGCAGCAAGUUGCUCCAAGGACUACCAGAUCCUGAAUUUUCCUCACAGAUGAAAAGCUUUUUGACUUCAAAGACAGGACUAAGUAUCGGGGAUCUAAAAAGAAACAGGCUAGGAUAACUGGACAAGAAGAAAGAUGGGAAACGGAAUAAAGCAGCUGAUCAGCAUCUUGGGAAGCUGAGGGAGGAGGGGCAGGAGGACCAGGAGGAAAUACUCCCCAGAUUUGCUUGUUUAAAUACAACAAAUAAAGUAUUCACUACUAUUUUGUUGUUUAGUUUCACUGUCCUUUGUUUCAAGUUCCUCCUUUUUUCUUCCUUCCCCCUGCAAUCUAGGUUGUAUAGUUUCUAUUGCUAAGGGCUUCGUGUCUUCUGGUUUCUUUACCCCCUUUCUCUUCUUCAUCCUCUCCCUCCUCAUCUACCUUUGUCUGCUAUCUAUGCACUGUCAUUGCUCUACCAGCCCUCAGCGCCAUCACCCUAGCUAGGCAAUUUCCCUUUCCACUGGAUGCUCCACACAUCCAGCUCCUGAGCAAGGUACCAGACAUUUUCUCUCUUGAUAUUUUACUUCUUUUGUACAGAGUUAGGCUUUUUCAAGUGAUGGGAUACCCUGACCUGUUGAGAACUGUCUACAGAAAUCACCUGCUUUUGGUAUUUAUUGGCCUCCACAACAGACAAGUGAGUUAAUAAAGAAGAUUUAUUGGCUGUUAGACAGCAGAGUGCCUGAGAGCAAGGUCUCCUGCCUGAAAGGUUCUAAUCUUUCUUGUGCCUCGUCUUUCUGGCUGUCUGGUGAAGCUUAUGGACUCCUUUGAAGAAUACUUUUUAAAAUGCAUAAAGUUCAAAGACAAAGUAAACCAAUAUAUCAGAAUAUUUUGUCCAAAAAUUUUUUUAAUUGAAGUAUAGUUAAUUUAUAAUGUGUUAAAUUCUUAGAGCAAAGUGAUUCAGUUAUACAUAUAUACAUAUUCUUUCACGUAUUCUUUUCGAUUAUGGUUUAUUAGGGGAUAUUGAAUAUAUCAAAAUAUUUUUUAAAAUUAUAAGAUGGUUGUCUUGAUAGUCAGCACCAUAUAGACAGGAAAACAGUGAUUAUGUUUGAACCAACAGUGGGCUAAUGAGGGGGUAUUGAAGAACUACUGUACUUUUGAAAUAUGAUUCCACUUGAAUGAUAUUUUGAGAUACAUGCAACAAUGUUAAUGUGAUAUGAAAACAUGUACAAUUUUAUAGUGUUGAUCAAAGGAUGACCAGUGUUGGUGAUAAUACUGUGAUUUGUUGCAUGCAAUUACAACAAAGGAAAUAGUAAAUUUUUGUUAAAGGCUAAUAAAAAUAAUGAAAAUGUUUUUUCUG